AUGGCUGGGACCGAUGCAGCUGCUGAUGAAAUGAAGGCUAUAAGGUUGACACGGUACACUCGGCUGAAGAACAUCAAGGUUCGUGUUCGUGAUGGAGCCCAUGCCGCAGGAAGGUUGACGCAGAAAUGGUAUGCCAUCCCAUACCUCAAAGAGGCUAUCACUUGGCUUCAAAAGGAAACGGCAAUCAGAGUGAAGGACCAGUUCCGGUGUGUCGGAGGGCGUGAUGCUGUCACUCCUCAAUUGCUUGCGCAAUGCUUUGAGCGCAUGAGUGCUUGGGUAACCAUCACCAAGGAGGCCUUACAGGCAGAAUUUCCAAGUUUCGAAGCGUUGUCAGCCUUCAGCGUGCUGCAACUCAGACCCAAGCUGGAUGCUACUGUGGUGAAGCGGGAUCUUGCAAAGGUUUGCAAGAUUUUUGGAGAAGAGCCAGAGUUGCCACAGUUGUGUCGCAGUUUCUGUGAUGUCGAGUACACAGCUCUCAAACGAAGAGACCGGAUCUCUGACAAGGAGCCUCUGGCCGACCUCAAAGCCUGGAUCCAUGCCCUUGAAGGAAGGCAAGCAGCGGAGUCCAAUCCAGUUUUGGUGAAAUUCGUUGGACGGGCAAUGUGCUUGGCACGAACUUCCACUUCACCCUGCGAGCGUGACUUUGGAAACAUUUUGCUUUGCUUCCAGAAGCGUUUGGCAUCCCCUCUGCUCAAAGAGAUGCACUUGCGCUUGAGCUUCCUCAAUGAAGAGCCUGGGAAGCGUGAUGAGAUCAUCAAAGGCGCCAUGGCAAUUUGGAAAGAAGGGUUCAAGUCUGCUCGGUUGAGUGGCCACCAGCGGCGGGGAAACUUUGUCUCGCGUUUGACCAUGGAGAAGAAAAGACGGGCUUCUACACCCAAUGACAGUGAGGCUGCUUGGGUGAAGCGCAGGCGUGUGGAAGUGGAUUUGGCACGUGGGUCUGCGGCAUCAUCCCAUGAUGGAACUGGAGCCCAGACUAAGAAGUUUUCUCCCGAAAUCAAGAAGGCCAUUGGGAAGAUUGCAAAGAUAGUGAAGAAACGCCGAUUUCAUGCACAAACUAUGGGAAUCCUGCAGAAGCAUGAAAAGUUGCCGAAGAAUGAAUACGAGGAUCUGUUGAGGCCUGAUCGAAAAGCCAACUUUCUGGAACGAGAAUUUGCAGCUCGCAAGUUUCCAUCCUUGAAGUCCAGGCCAACAUACCUUUGGACCAACUCCAAAACUUCCCGGGAGGAGGUUGUUCGCCUUGGUGCUUCGAUUGUGAGCACCUGGCAGGAAGCUUCGGUCCAUGUGGUUGACAGCUUUAACAACCCAGGCCAAAGAGUCAGUUGGGCAUCUAGACUUGGUGGCCAUUUGGUUGUGACCAAAGAUUUGCAGAACGGACCUUGGAUUCAGUGUCCCGGCUUGCAAUUUGGAUUUGGGUCAGCUUGA